GGGGAUAUAUUGUGGAGUUACAAAGUAAAGUUUGAGAUAAAGCUGUAGUGUCAUCCUUCCCCAGACUGCCAAUGCUACUUCCAUGCCCAGGUCCACAGUUCGUUUUGUGUACGUGUGCUGCUGAACAUCUGCCCUCUAUGGUGCGAGAGUCGUCUCCCGCAAAAUAACUUCAGCUGGAAAUUACAUGUUUCGGGAUCGUCCUGUGGUGCAUGUUUGCUUUGGCUACAGGAAAUGAACUUAAAUGUGUUUGAAUUUGUCACACAUUUGGUUAGUUACUGAUGUACUACUAGAUACAUCAUGAUAAACAAUGUCAGUCUAGAGCUGCAUUUGUUGGCAUGUUGCGAGCAAAAUCUGGUGGAUCACGUCUUGAUCUUGAGUGGUGCUGCCACUCCAAUAAAAGCUGAGUGCUUGGAGAAAUUUUGAGCCUCCAUACUGUCAGAUUUUGAAAAUGUUUUAACAGAUUGUAGUUAGAGCUGUGGUCGCAAUUCAGUUAAACUUGUGCUUGUGGUUGACCCAUUGUUCUUCAUAUGCUGGAAGAAAGAAUGAGGAAGGGAAGGCUGGAACAAUUAAUUGAUAGUAUCAAUCCAGUGAACUACUAUAAUUUGUAUCUUGAAGAGUUUGCUUUGGGUUCUCCUGUUGGCAUGUUCAUCUUCGGUUUGAGUUCCGUUAAUUUUUUCCCUUUUAAAAUUUGAGAACUAUAUAGCCAUUAUAGUAAUCCUGAUGAUCUUCAUGUAGCGGGGUUUGUUGGAGCAAUUAUUUUGCCUUCCAGCUGCAGGACUUGCUUUAUGUGUAACUGAAGUAAAUGUUUGGUUAAUUGCAAAACGUUUCAAGUUUCAACUGGAAUACUAUUUUGAGUUGGCAGUUGUUUCCUGAGAAUGAGAUAGGUUUUGCUCGAAACACGAGCUCUGGUGAACCAGAAGUAUAGGUUUUCCUCUUUACAAGCAGCUUCAAUCUCUGGAGUAUUUACAACAUUGGAUUAAGGAGUUAAACAAUACAUUCACUGAAAAGGCAUCACCUAUGUGAGUUGAACAGCGCUAUUGACUGAUUUGGGACCUAAUAUAAUUGUUGUACCAGUUUCAAUCUUGAUGGCUGUUCCAAAGCCUGUUUUAACCUCAGUGAAAUAAACUUGUUAGAAAUAGUAAAAAAAACCCAAUAUAUAUUCUUUUUUUUUUGUUAAUAACAGUAAAAAGAAAGUGAGAACGCUACAUUCUUCUUUUUUUCUUUAUAAUUUAACUUUAGCUGGCUCAUGUUCAUGUUUGAUCGCCCCCAGGAAAAUUCAUCUGAGCCUUUUAUUCUGUUUUUGGCAAAAUUAAGAAAUGGGAACAAAUAUGUGGUGUAUAUAUAUUUUGUGGAAAUGGAAUAUGCUUUUUAAUUAAAAAAUGUUUAUGUAUAAUAAUAAACUCUCAAACGAGGUUUAACUAAAUUCUGGUUGGCGGAAUUAUCGGACACCUUCUGAAUACUACCAUAAAAUGAUUUAUUUCAUAAAAAUUACUAUCAUGAAUUAACCAGGCUUAUCGCAAUGAUCCUCUUUUUAUUUUGGGUCUGAGGCCGGUAGCCUGAUAAUAUGUGCACGUGAAACAGAAAAAAAAAAAAAAAAACUCCAAUUAAAAGAAUCCGCUUACGUGGUUCUUCGUUAGAAUUAAUACUUUACCAGUCAACAUUAUGACACGUAAGCAUACAACUCCAUCUAGAAGCUUACACGUGGCCAUCUCGUACACCCAAAACUCCAAUCAACUAAAAUGGGAUAAAAUUAGUUGGGGAUCCGCUCAGCUCCUUCAAAAUUCACAGAGCAUCCAAAGUGAGAGAGAAAAAAAUAGAGUGAUCUGCCGAAAUGUGAGCAAUUCACUUCAUUGCCGCAGGUUUUGAGAAGCUGAAGAUCUGUCAUUUGAGUCGUAACCGUUUAUCAGUACCAUAAGCAAGUUUGUUUGUAAUUCGGUGAUAUGGCCUCUGGCAGUAUAAUGCCUUCAGCAGGUGGCAAACCUGUAACUGAUGCCAUGCUUAUUGACAACCUCCCUAAAGAAAUAAAUGAAAUGAAGAUCAAAGAUGACAAAAAAGGAAAGGUUGUUCUUGGAAAUAGGAUGCAUACUCUUUGUCUUGUUUCUUUUUUCUUGUCUAUGCUUGGUUAUCUUUGCAAGUGUCACUGUGAUAGCCUGAAAGGAAAUGGAAGCAGCUGUAGUGGAUGGAAAUGGAACUGAAACAGGUCACGUCAUUGUGACAACUAUUGGAGGAAAAAAUGGUCAGCCAAAGCAGACCAUUAUUUACAUGGAGGAGCGAGUUGUUGCACAGGGUUCCUUUGGAAUUAUAUUCAAGGCCAAAUGCCUUGAAACAGGAGAAACUGUGGCAGUAAAAAAGGUCUUGCAGGACAAGAGAUACAAGAAUCGGGAAUUGCAGACUAUGCGACUUCUUGAUCAUCCUAGUAUUGUUUCACUGAAGCACUGCUUCUUUUUUAUCACAGAUAAGGACGAGCUCUAUCUGAAUUUGGUUCUAGAAUUUGAACCUGAAACUGUCUACUGUGUGUUAAUACAUUACAGCAAAGCAAACCAACGGAUGCCUUUGAUAUAUGUCAAGCUGUACACAUAUGAGAUAUUUAGAGCUUUGGCUUACAUACAUGGGAUAGGAGUCUGCCACAGGGACUUCGAGCCUCAGAAUUUACUGGUCAACCCACACACACAUCAGCUUAAGCUUUGUGAUUUUGGGAGUGCAAAUUUUUUUAUAGUCAAAGGCGAGCCAAAUAUUUCAUAUAUUUGUUCACAUUAUUAUCAUGCGCCUGAACUAAUAUUUGGAGCAACUGAGUACACCAAUGCAAUUGACAUUUGGUGUGUGGGUUGUGUCCUAGCUGAACUGCUUCUUGGUCAGCCCCUCUUUCCUGGUGAGAGUGGUCGUCGAAAAAAUCAAGGUACCCAUCUAGUUCUUGGAACACCUAUACGUGAAGAAAUUAAGAGUAUGAAUCCAAAUUACACUUGAGUUAAGUUCCCGCAAAUCAAAGCUCACCCCUGGCACAAGAUCUUUCAUAAGCGGAUGCCUCCUGAAGCUGUUAAUCUUGCCUCAAGGCUUCUCCAGUAUUCUCCAAAUCUGAGGUGCACCGCGCUGGAAGCUCUUGCUCACACUUUCUUUGAUGAACUCCGUUACCCUAAUGCUCGCCUUCCUAAGGGUCGUCCAUUGCCACAUCUGUUCAACUUUAGGCCUAAAGAGCUGAAAGGACCGUCUUCAGAACUCUUAAACAAACUAUUACCAGAACAUGCUAAAAAGCAGUCUCACUUGGUUUCUCGUCUGAAAGAAUCUGUGUAUCUUUUGUAAACUUGAUCUUAUUUGCUAUUACUGUCUUUAUUCCCUGUAUAUAUUGACCAGAGAAUUAGGAAAACCUUUUGACAUAUCCAUUCCAUUAUUAUACCACGUUUA